CUAGAACCUAGUCACGAAUUAAUCCACCACCGUCACUUUUGGGGCCACGAAUUGACUUGUACUUACUUCACGAACCAUCUUCAAGAAUCCCUCCCCCCCCAAGAGUUGGUGUUAGGAGAUUAUUUCCAAGAGCCUCACAGCUCUCCACCAUCCAAUAACACUACCACCUCCUAAUUCUUUCUCCGAUCGCCUCUUUAUAGUCGCCAUCUUAAUUGGGCGCAUCUCUUCUGCUCAUUCAUGACACAAGCUUAGGGGCUUCCUGCUGCCUCUACCAUCCUCACAAUGCAGGCCUCUUCGGGAAUGCUAACAAAGUUCGAGUCCAAGUCUUCGAGAGCGAAAGGCAUUGCCUUUCACCCAAAGAGACCAUGGAUCCUCGUAUCAUUACACUCUUCAACUAUACAGCUAUGGGAUUACCGCAUGGGAACCCUUAUUGAUCGUUUUGAAGAGCACGAUGGCCCCGUCCGAGGUGUCGAUUUUCACAAGACACAACCUCUAUUCGUCUCCGGUGGCGACGAUUACAAGAUCAAGGUCUGGUCUUACCAGACGAGAAGAUGUCUGUUUACUCUAAACGGACAUUUGGAUUAUGUACGAACUGUCUUCUUCCACCACGAGCUGCCGUGGAUUAUAUCAGCCUCCGACGACCAGACGAUUCGAAUAUGGAACUGGCAAAAUCGUUCAUUAAUUUGCACGAUGACCGGUCAUAACCACUAUGUAAUGUGCGCCCAGUUCCACCCGAAGGACGACCUUGUAGUGUCCGCGUCACUCGACCAGUCCGUUCGCGUUUGGGAUAUAUCUGGCCUGCGAAAGAAGCAUUCCGCCCCGACGUCUAUGUCUUUUGAGGAUCAGGUUGCCCGAUCGAACGCUCAGCAGACAGAUAUGUUUGGCAACACCGACGCGAUGGUGAAGUUUGUGCUCGAGGGUCACGACCGAGGCGUUAACUGGGUCGCUUUUCAUCCUACAGCGCCGCACAUCGUCUCUGCUGGAGACGAUCGUCUUAUAAAGUUGUGGCGGUUUAGCGAGACGAAGGCCUGGGAAGUAGAUACCUGCCGUGGUCAUUUCCAGAAUGCUUCCGGUUGCUUGUUUCACCCCCAUCAAGAUUUAAUUCUGUCCUGCGGCGAGGACAAGACGAUUCGAGUAUGGGAUUCUCAGAAGCGCACUGCUGUUCAAUCCUUCAAGAGAGAAAACGACCGAUUCUGGGUCAUCGCGGCACAUCCUGAAAUCAACCUGUUUGCUGCUGGUCACGACAAUGGUGUGAUGGUAUUCAAGCUGGAGCGCGAGCGUCCUGCCUCGGCCGUUCACCAAAAUACGCUCUUCUUCGUCACGAAGGAGAAACACGUCCGUUCUUACGACUUCCAAAAGAACGCCGAGAGCCCAACAUUACUGUCCUUGAAGCGACUUGGUAGCGCUUGGGUCCCGCCUCGCACGUUAUCCUACAACCCGGCCGAGCGCUCUGUCCUCGUGACCUCACCUGCCGACGGAGGUAAAUAUGAGUUGAUCAACCUCCCUCGGGACGGUUCUGGCGCGUUGGAAGCGACAGAUUCGAAGAGUGGAACAGGAAACUCGGCUAUUUUCGUAGCUCGAAAUCGAUUUGCUGUACUUGACACGGCCAAUCAAACCAUCGACAUUAAAGAUCUUUCUAAUAAUACGGCAAGGACCAUUAAGCCCCCUCCCGGAACUACUGAUAUCUACUUUGGCGGUACCGGGAACCUGCUCAUCAUUACUCCUACGGCGGUUCAUCUUUACGACAUCCAACAGAAGAAGAGCAUUGCUGAGUUGGCAGUGAAUGGUGUCAAGUACGUUGUCUGGUCGAACGAUGGCCUUCACGCAGCCCUUUUGAGUAAGCACAAUGUCACAAUAGUGACGAAGACCCUCGAACAGGUUAGCACUCUACAUGAAACUAUCAGGAUCAAGAGCGCGACUUGGGACGAUGCGGGCGUUUUAUUAUACUCUACCCUGAACCACGUCAAGUACACCCUUAUGAACGGCGACAACGGCAUUGUAAGGACACUUGAUCAAACCGUGUACCUAGUUAGAGUCAAGGGCCGAAAUGUUUACUGCCUUGACCGUGCUGCUAGGCCCAAGAUCCUCCAUAUCGACCCGACCGAGUAUCGCUUCAAGUUGUCGCUAGUAAAACGCAACUAUGAGGAAAUGCUUCACAUCAUACGUACUUCCAGUUUGGUCGGCCAAUCUAUUAUUUCGUAUCUCCAAAAGAAAGGAUACCCCGAGAUCGCUUUGCAAUUUGUACAGGACCCUACUACUCGUUUCGAACUUGCUAUUGAAUGCGGUAACCUCGACGUAGCUGUAGAGAUGGCAAAGGAGCUGGACCGACCUAAGCUCUGGACGAGAUUGGGCACAGAGGCUUUGGCGCAUGGGAACCACCAGGUUGUCGAGAUGGCUUACCAGAAGCUUAAGCAGUUUGACAAGCUCUCCUUCCUAUAUCUCGCAACUGGUGACCAUUCGAAACUCGCGAGGAUGGCCAAGAUUGCAGAGCACCGAGGUGACUUCACUGCAAGGUUCCAGAACGCGUUAUACUUGGGCGAAGUUGAAGAUAGGAUACAAAUGUUCAAGGAGAUUGACUUAUAUCCUCUGGCAUACAUGACUGCUAAAGCACAUGGACUCGACGAGGAGUGUCAAUCAAUCCUAGAAGCAACUGGUAUUUCUGAGGAGCAGUUGACUCUACCCGCCUUCGGCGAGAACCUCACUCCCCCGAAGCCGGUUGUUCCGACAUUCAAGGCUAACUGGCCUACGAAGGCGACUUCGCAAUCCUUUUUCGAGAAAGCCCUUGCUAGUCAGCUGGAAGGCAUAACUCUUGAGGAUGAGCCUGCCGCAGCUGGAAACAGUCUUUUAGAUGAGGCUGUUGACGAAGAUGUUGCUGCUAAGCGAAAUAGUGGUUUGGAAGUCGAAGACGACGAGGAUGCGGCCGGAUGGGAUAUGGGCGAUGACAUCGUCCCCGAAGCGGAUAGCGACUUCGUCAACGUCGAGAGCACGGAUGCUGGUGGAGCUGGUAGCAGCGAGGCUGAUCUCUGGGCUCGCAACUCGCCGUUGGCUGCGGAUCACAUUGCCGCGGGUUCCUUCGAGUCUGCGAUGAACCUCCUUAACCGACAAGUUGGCGCUGUCAACUUCACUCCGCUCAAACCCCGUUUCCUGGAGAUCUAUUCUGCGUCAAGGACUUUCCUCCCUGCGUGCGCCGGAUUACCACCACUGGUUAACUAUAUUCGCCGUAACUUGGAAGAGACGGAUCCUAGGAAAGUCUUGCCCAUCAUCCCACGAGACAUCGAACACCUUGCCACUACCGAUCUCCAUAAAGGAUAUGAUGCGAUGAAAACGAACAAACUUGAAGAGGGCGUACAAAUUUUCAAGAGCAUCCUGCAUGCUAUGCUUGCAAACGCGGUCGCGAGUGAGAGUGAGGUAGCAGAAGCUAAGAAGCUCAUUACCUCGGCAAGUGAAUACACCGUUGCCAUGUCGAUCGAACUUGCACGAAGAAAGUUGGGCCCCCCGGAUGCCAUCAAUGGCAACCCCGAGCUUCUCAAGCGAAGUCUUGAGUUGUCAGCAUACUUUACAAUUCCCAAGAUCGAGGUGCCUCACCGACAACUUGCUCUCUUAAACGCCAUGAACCUAGCAUCUAGGAGCAAGAACUUCAGUUCCGCCUUAAGCUUCGCAAACCGCAUCCUAGCUAAUGGCGGUGCUCAAAGAAUUCUCGAGACUGCGCGAAGGAUAAAAGCGCAGUGCGAGCGCAACCCACACGACGCGGUGGAAAUCGAAUACGACCAGUUCGCCGAAUUUGAGAUCUGCGCUGCCAGCCACACGCCCAUCUACAGUGGAACCCCCUACGAGGAGUGUGCAUUCGACGGAUCCAAGUACCAUAGCAAGUACAAGGGCACCGUCUGCACCGUCUGCGAGGUGUGCGAAGUUGGCAAGCACGGUAGCGGCCUUAAGUUAUUUGCUUAGAUAAACAGGGAUGUCUGAUAGCCCUAACCUAGCUACGGAGUAGGUAAUAAUGAAUUUUACGAGUUGUACUCUGCGGAAUGUGGCCGGAGGAAGAGAAGAGAAAACAAAAGUCAUUGUCGCCGGGGCCGGGGCCAGGGGGCUAAAAAUGACCCGUAUAUUUAUGUAGAAAGCCAGGACGAGGAGUUCUCUGAAUCAAAUGAAACUUACCUUCAUACGUUUGUUGACUUGAGUACGAUUAAAUAAUAGUGUUGGAGUUGUUGUAUUGCGUAGUGUGAGAUGACUGGUGUUUCUUAGAUCAGU